CUCAGGUUUGUCAUCGUGUCGCCGGCACGGCCCGCAGGAGGAGGAGGAAGAGGAGGAGGGAUGAGGGAUCCGCUGCCGCUUUUGCAUCCGUGACGGGGGCCUGGAGAGCCCGGGCUUGGGACGGCCCCUUUCCUACCGCCGGCGCACAGGCGCUGCUCGCCCGGGGGAAGGGCCAGCAGCAGGAGGAGGACGGCGGUGCUGUGUGUGAGAGAGCGUGGAGAUGAGCUCAGCUCUGUGCCCUGGAGCCGCCUGAGGAGACCCGGCUCCCUCCCAGCCUCCCUCGCCGCCGCCGCCAUGGCUCACUCCCCGGUGCAGGCAGCGCUGCCGGGGAUGCAGACUCUGAAGGCAGAUCCAGAAGAACUGUUUACGAAACUGGAGAGAAUUGGUAAGGGGUCUUUUGGUGAAGUUUUUAAAGGAAUUGACAAUCGGACUCAGAAAGUUGUUGCUAUAAAAAUUAUUGACCUAGAAGAAGCAGAAGAUGAAAUAGAAGACAUCCAACAAGAAAUCACGGUGUUGAGUCAGUGUGACAGUCCUUAUGUAACUAAAUAUUAUGGAUCCUAUUUAAAGGAUACAAAAUUAUGGAUAAUAAUGGAAUAUCUUGGUGGAGGCUCUGCCCUUGAUCUACUAGAACCUGGCUCACUUGAUGAAACUCAAAUUGCUACAAUAUUGAGGGAGAUACUCAAAGGACUCGAUUACUUGCAUUCAGAAAAGAAAAUCCACAGAGAUAUUAAAGCUGCUAAUGUAUUGCUGUCUGAACAAGGGGAAGUAAAACUGGCAGAUUUUGGAGUAGCUGGACAGCUAACAGAUACACAGAUAAAGAGGAAUACCUUUGUGGGAACACCAUUUUGGAUGGCACCUGAAGUAAUAAAGCAAUCAGCAUAUGAUUCAAAGGCAGAUAUCUGGUCAUUAGGCAUAACAGCCAUAGAACUUGCAAAAGGAGAGCCACCUCAUUCAGAAUUACAUCCAAUGAAAGUUUUGUUCCUCAUUCCUAAGAACAAUCCACCAACACUGGAAGGAAACUUCAGUAAAUCCCUCAAAGAAUUUGUCGAGGCCUGCUUAAACAAGGACCCAAGCUUUAGACCUACUGCAAAAGAGCUUUUAAAACACAAAUUCAUUUUACGAAACUCCAAGAAAACAUCCUACUUGGCUGACCUCAUUGACAGGCACAAGAGAUGGAAGUCUGAGCAAAGUCAUGAUGACUCCAGUUCUGAUGACUCGGAUACUGAAGCAGAUGGUCAGGCUUCAGGUGGGAGUGACUCAGAAGAGUGGAUCUUUACAAUAAGAGAAAAAGACCCCAAGAAUCUAGAGAAUGGAGCAGCCCAGCCUUUGGAGUUGCAAAGAAAUAAGGAAAAGGAUAUCCCAAAGAGACCUCUUUCCCAAUGCCUGUCUACAAUUAUUUCCCCUUUAUUUACAGAGUUGAAAGAGAAGAGUGAGGUGUGUGGUGGUAACACAGAUUCCAUAGAAGAACUGAGGAAGGCAGUUUAUUUAGCUGAAGAUGCUUGUCCAGGCAUUGCAGAUACCAUGGUAUCACACCUUGUGCAGAGGCUUCAGAGAUAUUCCCUAGCUGGAGGAAGUUCUUCAUCCUACUGACAUAUUCUUCCUUCCUGGCUUUCUGAAGACAGCAGACAUCCCAUGGUGUCUGCACUGAAGGUGUGCACCCUAAUGCUGUUCUGCCUCUCAGUCUCUGGAAAGUCCUUGAGAGGAAGGACAUUCCUAAGAGUGAAAAUGAAGUCUCUUGGAUGGAGGCAAUCUUUUUCAGCUCCUUAAAGCUAUAAUUU